CUCACAGUUGGCAGCAGAGAUCCGGGGGAGAGAAAACGAGGCGGAGAGAACGAGUCGUGUUCUGUGGCGAGGCGACGAAGGAACCGCAGAUCUUCCUCUUCCCUCCAGGAACCGGCCGAGAACCCGGGAAAGAGAAGGAGGACAUGAAAAGAACAUGAAAGGAAGGAACCGUCAUUAAACGAAGUUCUCUCCCUCGCUCAGUUUAAUCUUAAAUCCACUCCAAUUUCCCCCCUGAGGGACUCAGUUCUCUCUUUUCCUCUGGAGAGAACCUCCGUUCAUUCCUCCAGGAACCCCGUCCUGCCGCCAUGACUCUGCUGGCCUCCGAGAGGUCGCUGCUCAUCCGGAACAAGUUCCGCUCAGUUCUGCAGCUGAGGAUCCAGAACCGGCGUCUGAGUGAAAUCAGUGCAGACUCAGGUGUGAAGUCCGGCUGUCCUCAGAAAUCAGAGAAGGAUCAGAGUGAAGCUCUGCGUCCUGUCGAUGACUCCCAGACGUCGCCCCCUGCUGGUUCUGCUUCUGAAGCAUCUCGAGAGAGGCCUCCAUGUGGGGCCCAGAGGCAGAAGAAGCCCCGGCAGGUGGUGGACCAGCAUCCUCCUGGAGCUGCAGAUCCUCAGCAGCAGCUCCAUGAACUCAGCCCUGCUUCCUUCCCUGAUGUCUUCGAAGAUGACAUCUCCUCCUCCUCCUCGCCCACCGAGCACCAAUCACAGGCUUUCCCCUCGCUGCCAGGACUCCCAGGCGACCAAUUACUGAGCUCGGCUGUGGCCCCGCCCCUCAACCUCAGCCCCACUCAGUCUGGUUUGGCGUUGCUCCCGGCAACUGAGGGCAUCAGACAGCCUCUGAGUGUGACACUGGGUGAGCCGAACGCCAUGGCGACACCUGGGAGACCGAACCAUGGGAUAUACCUGACCUGUCAGACCACACCCCUGCUGCCAAAGACAGCUCGGCCCUCCAGCCCCUCCUGCCCCUCGGCUUUAACCCCCUCCUUGACCUUCAACCAUCUGCCCCGUCCUCGGAAACCGCGGGACACCAAGCCCAAGAUGAGAAAGCUCAAGUAUCACCAGUACAUUCCUCCGGACCAGAGAGGAGGCUCUGGGACUGGAGGGGGAGGAGCCAAACAGAAGAGCCCUGCCCCCAGCCAGCCUCUGGACCCGGCCUAUUCCCACCUCCUGAAGCAGCAGCAGGUCAUCCUCCAGCUGCAGAUCCUCCAGAACCAGCAGCAGAAGCAGCAGCAGCAGCAACGAGUAGAACAACCACAACAACAACAACAACAACAACAAGUCACUGCUGCACCCAGUGGAGACCUCGGUGAUCCUGGUAAAUCUUCUGGAUCGACGCCACUGAACAUCCAACCCGUUCCCUCCACGACUCACCAAACCCCCGACAUGAACCCUGCAUCCAAACCAGAACUCCUCCCUGCAAACCUGGUCGACUUAACGGUGUCUGAGUUGCGUCAGCAGCUCCGUAAGCGAGGCCUCCCGGUCUCCGGUACCAAACCCGCCCUACUGCAGCGCCUCCGGCCCUUCCAGCUGCCCCCGGCCUGCCUCGCCCCCGCUCCCCUCUGCCAGCUGGGCGUCGGCCCGGAGCCCCUCGGCCAGAGCCCCGGCUCCAGCUCCAGCUCCGGCUCCGGCUCCGGACCCGACUCUCCCGACCAGCAGCUGUACGCGCCGCAGGACCGAGCGGUUCCUAAUGGGAUCCUCGGCGACGCCCCCCACAGGAUCCUGACCUCGGUGAGUCUGGCGGGGGAAGGCGGCGGCCUCGCCAACGCCGUCUUCCUGGCCCCGGCCUCCGGGGCCCCCAGCCCCAGCCUGCCCAUGUCGUCGUCGUCGCCCCUGCAGGGUCUGACUCCCUGGAGGUCAGAGGAGGACCAGCAGCAGCAGCAGGAGCUGAACGUGGAGCUGGAGAUGAGGGAGCGGAUCAGAACCAGGCACAGGGAGCGAUCCACCCAGCUGGGCAGCGAGCAGCCCUGCGGAGGAUCCCUGCAUCCGUUCCUGCAACAGGAUCCAGGAUGCUCCAGAGGAAAGCCGGAGCCGCCAGCCGAGGUGUUGCUAACGCAGGUGUUCUGCUGCCAGCCGUGCGACGUGAUUGGCCAUGACUUCGAGCUGCCGGUGCAGAUUACGGCGAGUCCAGCUCAGGCCUUACCUGGUGUUCGCAGCUUGGAGGAGGAACUACAGGAGGCGAUCCAGAAAGCACAGAUGGACCCUCGACAGUCCAUCGAUGACAUUCUGGAUGAACCGAUCGCUUGUGUUGGUUCUGUGAGGGUCUCUGAUCAGAAAUCCUCCUCAGACCUUCCUCCUCCUCCUCCUCCUCCUCCUCCUCCAGCCGACCAGAACCAGAACCGAGACGAGACCUUCCUCCCGUCGCCGCUCUGCUCCUCGCUGCUCCUGGAGCUUCCUCCUUCUCCGGCCAUCAUCAACCCCAGCCAGGUCCUCCCGGCUCCUCCUCCUCCUCCCAUCUGCUCCUCCCCACCGCCGCCAUCCGUCGGGAAGUCCAGGAAGCGCUGUGCCCCGACGCCGUUCGACGCUGCCGAUUGGCUGGAGACGCUGACCUCCGGGCUCCGUCCCCUGACUCCACCUAUGGCCCCGUUCGUGGAGCCCGACUUCAGCCUGGACUCAGACCUGAACGUGAACCGGGUCCUGGAUCUGAUGAUAGAGCAAUGGUGAGGAAGUUCUGGUUCCUGUACUGGAGCUGAUGGUCAUGAACUGGAAGAAUCCAACCGAGGGCACAAGAGAGAAUCUAGAACGCUGAUUGGCUGCCAGUGUCACCGUGGUAACAGGACAGGACAUAACCCAACACUGUACCAAAAGUCAAACUAUUUUCUCCCCUUUUAGACCAGAUUAUCUCCUCCUCCAGGAUUCAGUUUCUGAAUUUAUUUCACCCACAAAAUAGUUUAAAUCACUUAAAUGCAAAACAAAGUCACAGAAACUUUAAAAACUUUUCAAACUGACUCAGUUUUCUUUGACAAUAAUCUGAUGUUUAGAUCUUAAAAUCUCAGAAGCUUUCAAGGACAAUUUCAAGACUAUCAGGAUUCCAGAAAAAUAUAAAAAUAUAAAAGAUAUAUUAUGGAUUAUGGUACUUUGGUGUCAGUUUUCCACAUCCAAAAGUUAUUUACAGUUUAAAAGACAUUUUGAUGGCCUCGAGACAAAAUAUUCUGCUUACGAAGACCAGUAUUUUAAAAAAAGCUAAGUAUUCGGUCAAUUUAAAGGGAUUUUCUUUUCAUAAUGUAUGCAGCUACAGAAAAAGAAAUAAAAAAAAUCUACAAAUUUACUGAGAAAAUGCAGAUUUUGCACAAAAAAACAAAUCCGUUUCAGUUUUUGGUUAAAUUUAUACGCUGACGACACAACUUUAUCCAUUACAACACACAGUAUAGAUCAGGCAAAAAAUGCCUUUUUUCAGUACAAGAUCUGCAUUAUAUCAUUAAAUUCAGAACAGAUUUUCAUUUUCUUAAGUUGUGAAGUAGCAACACAGACUAUCGCCCUGAUGUGAUUAAUCAGUAAUAUUGCUCACAAAAAGGGCCAAAAACUAAUCUAUUUCUGUUUUUUUGUUGUCUUUCCCACCCAUUUAGGGUUAAUUAUCUAUGUUGGAGUUGUAUUUUAUUGUUUAAACUCAACGCAAACGGAUAUAUUCUGGCUUGUUUUUUAUCCUGGGGUAUUUUUCUUGCCUAUUAUUUGGGCCUUUUUUUUUUAUCUCCAUUGAGCAGAUUAAACACUCAGGCCCACCAAACAGUCAAGGAUACCCGUUUCAGUUUUUGGUGUUAUGUAUGUGCUGACGACACAACUUUAUCCAUUGCAAUACACAGUAUAAAUCAGGCAAAAAAUUCAGUACACGCUCUGCAUUUUCUCAUUAAACUGUUCAUAGAUUUUCAUUUUCUUACAUUGUGAAGUAGCAACACAGAUAACAGUAAUGCUGUUGCGAUUUAUUGUAAUAUAUAUCAUGAAAAACUCCAAAAAAGACACCUGCUCCUUCAUGCUGAUCUUCUUUGCUGCAGGAGCAUCAUAUUGUUUAAUCCUAUUCCUAAUAAACCCUUAUUUAUCUGGAUUAGUGUGUAUAAACCAGCCUGGGGUAUAUUUUUGCAUAUACCUGGGUACAGUUUUGGGGGUUUGACACACCGAAUAUUCAAGGAUACAGGGUUAAAUUUUUAUUUUUAUUUAUAUUCAGUUCAAUUUCAAUUCAGUUCAGUUUUAUUUAUAUAGUGCAGACAGCUUUAUAUGUUACAACUCAGUUUAAAAUCACAAAUAUAAUUAUUCAUACAAAAUCUACAUUAUCUCAGUAAAUUGUAAGCAGAUUUUCAAUAUUUUUUUACCCUAUAAUCAUGCUAACUAGCAACCCAGACUAUAGCGUCGCAUUACCAAUAGCCUUGAUGUGAUUAACCACUAAUACUGCUUUAAAAAGGUGGCAACAAAACCAAAAAGAAAUCUGUUGCUGUUUUUAGUGCAAGGAGGUUUAAUCUGGAUUAAUGAGCAUAAACCAGCCCAUUGUGUUUCAUAUUUCUGCAUAUACCUGGAUGCAGUUUUGGAGGUUUUACACACCAAAUAUUCAAGGAUACUAAUAAUACUAUAAUAUGCUGAUGACAUUCCUUUAUACGUUACAAUUCACAGUUUAAAAUCACUUAAAUAUGUACUUAUUCAUGCAAAAUCUAGAUUGUCUCAGUAAAUUGAAACUAGAUUUUCAAUAUUUUUACCCCAUAAUUAUGCUACCUAGCCACACGGACUAUAGUGUUGUAUUAAAAUAGCCCUGAUGUGAUUAACCACUAAUACUGCUUUUAAAAAGUGGCACCAAAAAGAAAUCUAUUAUUUAUAUUCAAUUCAAUGUCAACUCAAUUCAGUUUUGUUUCUAUAGUGCAGAUUUACAACAUGUACCCUCACCAUUAUUUCUAUGCUGAUGACACCGCUUUAUGUGUUACAAUUCACAGUUUAAAAUCACUUAAAUAUACUUUUAUUCAUAUGAGGAGGUAUAAUCUGGAUUAGUGGGUAUAAACCAGCCCACUGUUUCAUAUUUUUGCACAUAUCUGGGUACAGUUUUAGGGGUUCACCUGUCCCGUUCCACCUGUUGUUCGUGCUCCACGCAACGUCGAGAGCCGGAUUCGCUGCAGCAAUCGGAUUAAACCCACUCGGACCUCUGCGGUGUUUAAAAGCGCUCGCCCUCGGCCAGAAAAUGGCAAACAAGCGGCUCAUCUGUGUGUCGACUCGCUCGGCGGCUCGGUGUUUGCGGUGCAAAACAAAAAGGAAGCCUGCUUAAUUUAAACGUGCUUCCGGGCCGGCGCCGCCACAAUGUUGUUCCUGACUUAUCUCCAAAAGCCAGUGUGGGCCCAGCAGAGCGAGGCCUCCGGUGUUGACUCAGCCGCCGAGUCGCAGCCACUCAUAAAGCCAGACAGGGCACACAGCUUGAGAGGGGCUCCGGCCUUAACCCCGCUGCCAGAGAGUGUUUGUACGAGUCAACACACCAAAGCUUCCCUGUAUAUUUAUCAGCGCUGAAGCCAAAUGCACUUGUAGUUAUUUGUUAGCUGACAGUGAAGACACAGGACGAGGCUUCGCUGUUUGCCGUCCCACGUUUUAAUGGUCGCCCGGCUGCCAGCGGGCGCUAACUGGGCCGUUAGCUGCCCUCGCCGUAAUCACCGGAACAACCCCAUUACCGUUGUUCGAGCCGCCGUUCUCCAGGAGAGCAAUCAGGCAGCCGAGGCCCUGAACGGAGGCGCCAAUCAGCCGGGGGAGAGUUUCCUCGUCGCUCCGCACAAACAGGUGGUCAUUUUGUUCCCUGAUUAACCCCCAGCAGCGCCCCGGCCUCGCCGAGCCACCGGCCAAGCCAGAUUUAGCACGAUUUAUAACCCGACACUGAGGACACACCUGUUCACUUUGUGCAAAUUAAUUCCACAAAUGUGUCGCCGGACGCUGUUAGACCUCCAGGACACGAAAAGAAAAACGCAUGCUGAGAGAAAAACGAUCAGGUGAUGCAGCUUUGAUAUUCAGAACAUAUUAGUUUAAAUGUGGGUGCAGGUUUUCCACAUCCAAAAUGUAGUAGCUCCUCAAAAAAGACGUAAUAUUAGUAAAAAAAAAAAAAACCCACAGUUUUAAUCAUGUAAAUGAAAACUAAUGAGGUGCAGACUGCAAGAAUCACAAGCCAAACAAAACGUAUCACUGUCUUUAUUUUAUUACCUUUCAUCUGUGUAACUCUGGAACCUUUUUGUAAAGCUUCUACCUCCAAAAUUUAUUCACCCUUCAAAAUAAAAGUCACACAUACACUGGAAGAAAAACUCGUGUUGGGAGAAAAACAAUCUGGUGAUGCAACUUUUAUAUUCAAAAAAUUUUAGUCCAGUUGUUGGUGCAGGUUUUCCACAUCCAAAAUGUAAUAGCCCCUCAAAAAAGCUAUAAAAUUUGUAAAAAAAAAAAAACAAAAAACAAAGCCACAGUUUUAAUCAUAUAAAUGCAAACUAAAGUAGAUCUUAUCUUAAUGAGGUGCAACGAACGAUCAGGUGAAGCUGCUUUUAUAUUUGAACAGAAAUCAGUUUAUUAUUUCAGUGAGCUAUCCCACUUACUUUCAGAAUUCAGACUAAAAUGACACAUUUUUCAUUAAUCUGCAGGUUUUCCAUGUCCAAAACUGAGUAGCCCUUCAAAAACAGUCAGAAAAUUGCUCAAAAUAAUCUGAUUUAAUCAUUAAAAUGCAAACUAAUGAGGUGCAAAGAAUCAUUUUUUGGGUACAAAAUUUGCAAAAUCUUAUAUACGGCAGAUUAAAUCCCACAGACACACCAAAUAUAGAAAAGUACACGAUUAAGAUUUUUGGUUCUAUAUUAUACACUGACGACACAGCUUUAUCCAUUAAAACGCACAUUUUAAUCAUGCAGAAAGUGACUUUUUUCAGCACAAAAUCUAGAUUAUCUCAUGAAAUCGUGGAGAGAUUUUCACAGCUCUUAACAUGAAUUCAAUACUCUGGUUACUUUGCACCACAAAAAUAUGAACCUUUUUAAAAAAAAUUGUCAAACUGCUUUGUUACUCUGAUCAUAACCUGACAUUUAGGUCUCAGACUGAACAAAUUCACUAAAUUAAAACAUGAUUCACACUCUAAUUACUCCACACAAACUGUCGCCAAACUUUGGUGCUUUAUUGUGAAAUUUCCACCUCGAAAAUGAAUUCUUCAAAAUAAAAUUCACAGAUACACUGGAAGAAAAACUCGUCUUGGGAGAAAAUGCACAAAGAGGACGAUCAGGUGAUGCUGCUUUUAUAUUCCAGCAGAAAUCAGUUUAUUAUUUGUUUUCCAUUUACAUUAAUGAAAAAUACCUGACAGCCUCCAUUAACCUGCUGCUACAUCACAUCAAAUUAAACUUUAAUUGGCUGUGUGUCCUAAUCAGUCAUCGUGCAGAGCUCUGAUUGGCUCAUCUUUGUUGUUUUAAUAGUUAUAAAAACAUCCGUCUUCUCGGUAUUGUGUAAAAUAAAGUGCUGAGUGCAAUAAGAUUCGUGUUUCGGGCACAGAAACCUGAUGCAGUUUUUAAUGUCGGUGUUGUUUCUAUGCUGCUGCUGCUUCUGAGAUGAUCACUUCCUGUCCAGCUUUCACUGCACAGACAAUGACAAAUGCAGCAGAAUGUGGAUGGACGUCUAUGAUAAUCAUAGCGAUCAAUAAACCGCCUGCCGCUGCAUGAAAAAAAAACAAAAAGAAGAGAGGAUUGAUAGGCAGGAGAGUAAGAUGCUACCUCCUGUGACUUCCACCGCUUCAGGCUGACUCCAGUGUUUUCCUUGUUUCUUAUUUAAUUUCCAAACGCUGGUUUCCUGAAACGCUCCUGAGACGUUUCACCGCUUUAAUCGAGUUUUAAUUCUAAGCUGCGAAACUGGAAGCACCAGUGGAGUGUUUCAGGAAACUGUUGGCCACCUGCUGCUAAAUAAAAACAACAAACGCCUUAUUCUGAAAAUGUGAGACAAAAUAAAACGUGUUUGCUUUAUUUAUUAUGUCACUUAUUUAAAAGCAUUGAGAAAAUUAAAGUCUUAAUAGAUUUUC